AUGGGGUCACAAAUGUCAUGCUGAAGAGAGUUCUCUCCAGAAGCUGAAGAUAGCAUAGAAGCUUUUCAUCCUAAGAGAAUAAUAAAAACUGAAUCCACUUUUAAAGGGUUAAUCAAGAUUCAAGCAGUAUGAAGAGGCUAUUCUGUGCGCAAGCCAGGUAGUUUUGUCAAGCUGCCAAAGUUUGAGAGCAACCAAUGCAGCAAAAUUGAACUCAAACUUGGCCCAUUUAAGUUUCCUAACUCUUCAAUAUAAUAAAGCACAAUUUUUUUUGCAGUAUUUUUAAAGCAUAUUAUAUAUUUUGAUGUCUAAAUAUUUCAAUAUAUUAAUAUAGUCUCCAAUACUCUUUGUGUCUUCUAAUAUAUUUUACAAGUGAAGCAUUUUAUGAAAAGCAUAUAAUUGAAAGAUACAUAAAAUAAAAAUUUUCGAGGAUUAAGAUUCCUCCAAUACAAGGUACUUAUAAUCCGAAACCGAUAAAAUUCAAUGAUGAAUCUAUCUAUUUAGGAGAAUGAAAAAACCAUUUACGCCAGGGCAAAGGAGUUCAGGUAUGAAAGAAUGGCUCUAAGUAUGUAGGAUACUGGAUAAACGAUAAGCAGCACUUUUUAGGAAGAAUGAUUCAUGCAUUAAAAUGGUGUGGUGAGGUGAACCAGCCCACCUUCUUAACUCCUGCAGCUGGCAUCCCAAAGGGUGCUAGGAAUCUCGAGGAAGGGAGGAUGGCAUUCGGGAAUGUGCAUCUGGCCAGAUUUUUCUUGGUUUGGUGAAGUGCAAUGUCGGGUUUGCCAACUGCAAGCUUUACUCCAAUGCCAAAUUUUUACCUUAGAAGGAAAUGGGUCCGGAAGCUGGAAAGGAGUCUCCCAGCAAAGUCAAUGACUUUGGUUAGAUCAAUAGGGACUAUUCCCCAGUGUGAAACCAGGAGUUAUGCCCCCCGGGCUACGGAUUUCCAUUUUGAGCGAUAGUCGACCAGAAUAUUCAACCCUUUUGAACCUUGUUGGCGUACAGCAGAUGAAGGAGCAACUUUUGUAAGGUCGUGUACAAACUAACAAGCAAGCGAAAGGAGCGUUAAGGGUGGGGAUAGUCCUUCAGGAAUUACAGCGAGCUUUUCUAUAAUUUAAGUUAAUACUAAUAUUAGGAAGAAUGAUUCACUCUAAUGGAGACUGCUAUGAAGGCGAAUGGAAAGAUGGAAAAGCACAUGGAGCAGGGAAAUUCAUGCAUUAUGAAGGUGCAAUGUAUGAAGGCUCCUGAAAUAAUGAUACUCAGCAAGGACAAGGAAAAGAACUCUGGCCAGAUGGAGCAAGAUAUGAAGGAGAGUAUUUUGAAGGAAAAAAGCAUGGCUAUGGUGAAUUUUUUUGGUCUGAUGGAUCAUACUAUAAAGGCUUUUUCACUAACAAUAAUAUUGAAGGAAAGGGGGCUUAUUAUUGAGCUGAUGGGAAGGUAUACACAGGAUCUUGGGUUAAUAAUCAAAUGCAAGGCUCAGGCAACUUUGAGUGGCCUGAUGGGAGGCGAUAUUCAGGCCAAUACUUUAAAGACAAAAUGCACGGAGAAGGGAUUUUGACAUUUCCAGAUGGAAGAAGGGUUAUUGGGACAUGGAUAAAUGGGGAACUUCAAAAGAACUCCUCAAUUAAACCUGAACAAAAAUCAUAA